AGAACAUUGAUUUUAGUUAGCCACCCACCGUCCAGAUUACAACAUCACUCACUCACUGCGCGAUCCAAAAUGAAACGAACGGGUAAAUUUCUUUCCACGUUCCUUUUUAUCGCCUGCCUUGCUUGGCACAUAACACCCUCGAAUGGAGCCAACAUUUUGGGCUUGUUCACCAGCCACAGUCCAUCCCAUUUGAUCGUUCACAUGUCUUUGGUAAAGGUUUUGGCUGAAAGAGGGCACAAUGUCACCGUUCUAGUCUCACAAAAACCCAAAGUAACUCAUAAGGAUAUCAAGGUUAUUCUGAUACCACCUACCGAUGAAGUAGAGCAACUUCUAAAUCAAGAAGUUUCUGCCAUGUCUCAAAGGAAAAACAGUAUGUUUACGACAAUGAAAAACAUGUUCGGUUCACUGGGGAUUCUAAUCAACAUGCAGGCCGAUAUGUUGAAAGAUCCUCGUUUCACAGUGCUCUACGAUAAUCCAGACACCAAAUUUGAUUUGAUAAUUGCCGGUGUAUUCAUGAAUGAUUAUCAACUUGGAGUGGCAGCAAAACUUAAGGUUCCCAUAGUUCUCAGUUGGAUGGGCCCACCAACGGUUAUGACUGAUGGUAUGGUAGGUAAUCCACCAGAGAUAUCAUAUGUGCCCAAUAUGAAUAUGGCGGUCAAAGUAGGGGAGAAAAUGACGUUCAUGCAACGCAUUUCCAAUUUCUUUAUGAAUGGAUUUUUCAAAGUUAUAAUGACGCUUUUGGAUAUACGAAUGAAUAAUUUCUACAAGAAUCUCUUUCCCACUGAUGGAAGUUUUCCCUCCCUAUCGGAUAUGAAGAAAAAUGUUUCUUUGGUAUUUUGCAAUAGCCACUUUAGCGAAGGACCAGUGAGACCAAAUGUUCCCGCUGUGGUUGAGAUUGGGGGUAUACAAGUCAAGGACAAGCCAGAUCCAUUGCCAAAGGACAUUGCAAAUUUCCUCAAUGGAGCCAACGAUACGGGGGCUGUACUUUUCAGUUUGGGUUCCAAUCUUAAGGGAUCCAGUAUCAAACCUGAAACAGCCACAUACAUAUUCAAUGUUUUAUCGAAACUCAAACAGAAAGUCAUUUGGAAGUGGGAAGAUUUGGAGCAUACUCCAGGAAAAUCACCUAAUAUUCUCUACCAGAAAUGGAUGCCCCAAGAUGAUAUAUUGGCUCAUCCCAAUAUGAAACUUUUCAUUACACACGCCGGCAAAGGGGGUGUAGUAGAAGCUCAAUAUCAUGGGGUGCCAAUGUUGGCAUUGCCCGUAUUUGCUGAUCAACAUGGAAACGCCGAUAAAUUGACUCAAGCAGGAUAUGGAUUACAAUUGGAAUUACUCUCUCUAACUGAGGACUCGUUGCGCCAGAAUGUGCUGGAAAUACUCAAUAAUCCCGAAUACCGUAGAAAUGUGCAACAAUUUUCUCGCCUCUAUCGUGAUCGUCCUAUGAGUGCCCGUGAAAGUGUUGCUUUCUGGGUGGAGUAUAUUUUGCGUCACCAUGGAGCAGCUCAUAUGCAAAGUCCUUUGGUGCACAUGAACUUCAUUGAGAGUAUGAAUUUGGAUGUUUAUGUUUUCCUAUUAGCCGUGACCUACGUUCUGUAUCGAGUCUUUCGCCUGGCAUUUUGCUUUUUAUGUACAAAGGUUUGCAAGAAGUUCUCCUGUUCCAAGACAAAGCCAAAGAAAACCCCUAAAGUUAAGAAGCAAUAAAAUUUAUUGUUAAAUGCUACUAGAUUAAAUAUUAUUCUAUUAUUUUCUGACUUAGUAGAAUAAAAUAAGAAAAUAUGUUAUGAAUGUUUUAUAAUAAACUGGCCCGGUGUGCUUCGCUACACCCAUAAGGGUAUGCAGCCCCCUUUUGACAUGGUCCAAAUUUGAAAAUUA